CCUUCACGACGAAGAAAUUCUCGAUGACAUCAACAACUCGUGUGCCAUUCAAUCUAGACACCCCAACCACCACUGAUAAAACUUAAUCACCUAAUGACAAUUUCCUGCUGAUCUCCCGGGUAAUUGGUCUCAAGUGAGUACAUGAAAUAGUUCUAACCGUGCGUCUUACAGUCAAGCAAUUUCAUCCCAAGUGUCGAGAGUUAAAAUCGAAAGAUCAGAACGAAAUCGGAAUGAAGCCCUCAAUUUGCCUGAGUAUUCUGGUAUCAGUGCUUCUAGUUCAGGCCCAGGAAAAAGAAUUCCACUCAUUCCAGGAGGUGUACAACAAUUCGCCAGUGCCUCUUCAAGUCCUCCAAUACAAAGAAUCAGACACCUUGAACCUCAUUUAUAAUGAGUCAUUACUGAUGCGUCGAGGUACCCUGGACAAUGUCUCCUCGGAGUGCAUCUCCAUAACAUUCACCAUUGCCAGUUUCUUAAGACUGGAACGGGAGUCCCUCCUGGGUCUCAAGGCCCGAAGUCUCUAUAUAAAUAAUGCAAUCGUGGAUAUCCAGAAGGGAUUUAUCUCACCUGGCAGCCUGAAGUCUCUUAUCCUGGACAACUGUGGAACCCCUGAGACACUCCUCACUGUACCCAAGAUAUUCACAGACCUCGAGGAGCUGCACUUCUACAGCAAUAAUCUACCCGUCAUUCCCUCGAAGACAUUCGUCUCUAUGAAGAACCUCAAACGGCUGUCUCUGGUUCUCAGCAACAUCGUCACCCUGGAAUUGGGUUGCUUCAGCGGUCUCAAUGAUCUCCUGGUGCUAAAUCUGUCGUACAACAGAUUUACAUCUCUUCCUUCUGGUGUUUUCGAUGGGUUUUCGAAGCUGAAGCACCUCUACGUGGACAAUUGCCACGACCUGAAGCAAAUCGACGUCAAUGCCUUCCGAGGGAUGGAUUCCCUGGGUGAACUCUGGCUGCAGAACAAUUCAAUUGAUUCCCUCCAGGUCGGACUAUUCGACGACCUCCGGAGUCUAGCUGCCCUAUCCCUGGAGUCCACAAACAUCACUCACAUCCCCAAGGGUGUUUUCGAUAAAGUCAAGACCCUGAGAGUCAUUUACCUGAAGAACAACCGAAUCACGUCGAUAGAACCCAAUGCUUUUGCCGUUCUCAAUCUUGAGUCGCUGGAGCUCAGUGGAGGUCUCAGCCAGGAUGCCCUGGCACCUGGUAUCUUCAAUGGUCUCACCGUCGAGGAUCUUCAUCUCAGGGGCAAUGACAUCCGGGAGAUAAAGCCCAACGUCUGGGACGGAUUAUUCGCUGAGAAUGUCAAUCUGAGCUCCAAUAAUUUGACUAAAAUUUCAGUAGAGUAUUUCGCUGGUCUCAACACCACGACGCUCUACCUCCUGGCGAAUGGAAUCACUGAGAUAGCACAGAAUGCUUUCAAGAAUACACACGUCAAGGAGAUUGAUCUCAGGAAUAAUACCAUUAAAACUGUGGAGAAAACCACAUGGGGACUCCCAGAGUCUGUUAAAAUUACGAUUGAAUAAUUUAAAAUAAUUUUUUAACGCUUUAAUUUACACGGUUUCAUCGUCCGAGGGGUUUGAUCGUCUUGAAAGGGACGACUGUACCUGGCCAAGGUUUUUUCCCAUGAGGUUUUCCCUUUGGCCCUCGGCGUAAUUGCGGUACAGGUGAAAUUGGAGAAGGGAAUAAAAUGUAAAAACACGAAAGGGUGUGGAGUCAAAUAAAAUGUAAAGCCAUUUCAUUGGACUCCACAUAUCGUACUAUUAAUAUUAAUGUUAUGUGAGAAUAUUAGUCUGUUUUACAUGUCUAGUACCAUAAAUAUAUAUUUUAAAGCCCUUUUCCCUUCUCUUAUUGUCCAAUAAAAUAUUCUUGCAAUGGUUA